AUGGCGGAACGUUGGAGCGGCCAAGAAAACGUGAAAUUCGUUAACCUGUAUCGAGAACAAGAAAAUUUAUGGAAUUUGUUCGAUUCGGAAUAUAAAAAUAGAGAUGCACGGAGAACUUCGUUACAGCAUAUUGCUAAAGAAAUGAAUAUCCCAGGAUUCACUGAGAAAGAUGUAACUAAAAAAAUUAAAAAUUUGAGUUCAACAUAUAACCAAGAACUCAUAAAAAUUGAGAAAAGUAAGAAAAGUGGUAGUGGUACAGACGACAUUUAUAAGCCUUCUAUAAAAUGGUUCGACAUUAUGGACUACAUUAUGAAAGUUAUUAAUUUAAAGGAGAAAGAAACAACAAGCAAUUUGGAAACCCAUGAUUUAACUGAAGAUAGCGUGGAUAUGUCACAAACUGAUGAGGACAUAAACAAGGAUGAUACUAUAGGCAUUGCCAGAACGCCAACAGCAAAAAAGAGGAACCUAUCCCCAAAAAAAGGAAUAAAGAGAAAUGUAGUUCCAAAAGAAAGUACCAUGCAUGCAGCAAUCAACGAACUGAAAGACUUGAAUAAGAGUUUACGAUUACCACUUGAAGAAAAGGAAAACGAGUGCGACAUAAUAGGCAAACACAUUGCGGUUCAAUUAAAGCAACUAUCUGUGCCGGAUAUGCUAAACGCGAAUGCUGAAAUGCAGUAAGUCUUAACAAAAUACAGACUGAAAAACCUAUAUAAUCCACAUGCGUCUACACCUUCCACAUCGUGUACUACACCAAUACCAACUGCAAGCGAACACUCAUUUUGCAGUACUUCUCAAUCGCCUCCUCACUUAUAUUCACAGUACUCACAUCAGACAGUACACACAAGCAAUACUAUGGAAGAGAUGUCAUCAAUGGCAAAUGAUACUGAUGACUUGGUAGCCCAAGCAAUAUUAAAUGCUAAUAUUCCUUAAAACCAAGAAUUCGUCACAAGUUUAAAUAAUCAUUUUCCAUAUAGUUAUAUUUAUCUGAACCAAAAUGUUUCAUGGAAGCUACGUUAUUUUUGUAAUAUUUGCGU